AAGGUCGUCGCACUCUCUUUGUCGCUUGUUGCCAACGAGGAGUUCGAUCAAAUUCCACGAUUAUGUGAAUCUCUUUCGCCCUUUUUUUUCCUUUUAUGAUCUAUUUUUUUCAAAUUUUUUCACCAUUUUCCUGCGAAUUUACCACAAUUUUUCGGUCCAAAAUUGAAGAAAUAAAGAGGAGAAGCGUGGGGGAUUAUUAGCUAUGAUGGGAGAUGCCAAAUCUACUUACACUGUCGACGAUGCACUCUUAUCUAUGGGGUUCGGAAAAUUCCAAGCCUUUGUGCUUGCUUACUCGGGAAUGGCUAAGAUUUCGGAAGCAAUGGAGAUGAUGCUUUUGUCAUUUGUGGGGCCGUCGGUUCAAACGGAGUGGGAGCUCUCUCCUCACGAAGAGAGCCUCAUUUCGAGUGUCGUAUUUAUUGGGAUGCUUGUGGGGGCGUAUUCUUGGGGUAUUGUUUCGGAUAAGUAUGGAAGAAGGGUGGGAUUCAACUUCACAGCCCUGAUAACUGGUGUGGCUGGUUUUCUAAGCUCUUUCGCUCCGAAUUAUUUAUCUUUGAUUUUUCUAAGAUUCAUGGUCGGUGUCGGGUUGGGAGGCGGCCAUGUGCUCGCUUCGUGGUUUCUUGAGUUCGUUCCUGCUCCGAACAGAGGAACUUGGAUGGUCGUCUUUUCGGCAUUUUGGAGUGUCGGCACGAUCUUAGAGGCUUCACUCGCUUGGUCUGUGAUGCCAAUAUUCAGCUGGAGAUGGCUUCUGGCCUUCUCAUCCUUACCGUCCUUUGCUCUUCUUUUGUUCUAUCCGAUCACUCUCGAGUCACCUCGAUAUCUGUGCAUGAAAGGCAAAAUAGCCGACGCUAUGCAUGUUUUGGAAAAGAUGGCGAGAAUAAACCACGUGUCUCUCCCUUCGGGCAAUCUUAUUUCUCAUCGCAAGAUCACCGAUCUUGAUGAUAUCACCGAUUCAUCGGAUGCUGUGAAAUUGAUUGCGAACAGGAAGAGCGGCGGUGUUGAUCGCUCGAAGGAUGCCGAAAUUGGGGGAUUUAAUGCGAUUUUGACUCUUUUAUCACCAAACUUAAUCAGAUCGACCCUCCUACUUUGGAUGGUUUUCUUCGGGCAGGCAUUUUCGUACUAUGCUGUCGUUUUAUUGACCUCUGAAUUAAGUAACGGAAAUAGGAAAUGUGGCUCAGAAGAGAUGCCGUUGAGCCAUAAGAAUGAUGUUGGCCUCUACAGGAAUGUGUUCAUCACUAGCUUUGGCGAGGUUCCGGGGCUUGUUUUGUCGGCUGUUGUUGUGGAUAAGAUCGGCCGCAAGCGUUCGAUGUCUUAUGUGCUUUUCACAAGCUGCUUUUUCUUACUCCCGCUUGUAAUCCAGCAGAGAGAAGUACUAACGACGCUGCUCUUAUUUGGUGCUCGGAGUUGUAUCUCGGCAAGUUUCACCAUCUUACACAUUUAUGCUCCUGAGAUAUACCCUACCUCAGUUAGGGCAACCGGGGUCGGAGUCGCGAGCUCGCUCUCGAGGUUCGGCGGGAUCUUGUGCCCCAUCGUGGCCGUCGGCUUGGUCCACAACUGCCAUCAGACGGCCGCGGUUCUCGUGAUCGAAACCGCAAUGCUCCUCUCGGGUGUUGCCGUCGCAUUUUUUCCCGUCGAAACAAGCGGCCGCAGGCUCAGUGAUCACAUCUCAGUUUGAUACAAAACAGAUUCAAAAUGAUGUAAUUUUCUCACUAUUUUUAUACCCCCCUUUUUUUUUGAAUUUAUUUACUGUGAUGUAUUCGUAAAAGAGUUUGUUUGGUUCACAUGAUUCGAAAUUCCCGCGGGAAUUAACUAUAAUAUGUCAAUUUUGUGGCCA